UAGGGGAGUAUAUGGUCGAUGCAAGAACCUCGAAUAAAACUUUGUGUGUUCUGAAUCAUUUUCUGCCAUCUAAUGUACAGGGGAUACAUGCAAAUGAGCUAAUAGGUGCUUUGGAAAACGGCAUCUGGCAACGAAGAACCACUUUCUUACUGGAGAAUAUGAAAUGAUAAGCAUUUAAUUGCUUGAUUGCAUAAUAUGAUUAUAUGAUUCUGAUUACGUGAACUGUCAUGAAACGCUUUGGUCAGUUGUGUCAACCUUGCCUCUGUUUACGUGCUGGUGCUUUGUACUGCGUUUCUUUCUGUUUUCAGUAAAACAAGUCAACAUUUUUAACCUUUUAUAGCGUUGAACUCUAAGUGAGAGACAGGACAGAGGGCAAAAAUGAACGUGAGCAAUAUUUUGAAAAACUUUAACAAACUUUGCACAUAGUCUAACCUUAUGAACUGCCAAGUGGCUAUUCUGUUGUAUGUGGUGUUUGAUUAUUGAUUGGCACGGCGCAUUGAAGGCGAAGCAGGGCGCUCUUUACAGAGAGCUGAAAGGAUGAGAAGCGCUGGAACGAUGAGACUCCAGUAACUUCUGCGUGACCUCUACAUGACAAAGACGGUCUCCAUCAAUUGUCUGCUGGCUUUAUGUGACUCUUUUUGUGCCUUGGGCCGUUUUUUAUCUUUUGUCUUGUUUUGUUUGUACCAGUCAAAUUCCCUGGGUUGGGUUUGAUUUAGCUUGGUUGAAUAUUAAUUUACUAAAUGGACCAAAUACACAUAUGUGAUGCACAUACAUGUUUUUAUAUGAUAUCAUGAAAUGUGUAAUAAGCAGGGAUACUCUCCCAUGUGAUGAUGGGCAUUGCCAACUGGAUCUCAAUACACAAACAGAAUUUGUCUUUUUUUAUUUUAUUUUCUAUCACAGAUCGGGUAUUAAAUCAAUUCAUUUUUUAUUUUAUAGCCUAUUGUUACCGUCCUAAUUGAGAGAUAAUGUGAAGUUUGUGAAAUCAGCUACUAGGUGUGCACAGCUUCUUCUCGGUUGAUGGAGUCCCUCCGCCUCGAUUGGCCGAGCUGGUCACAUGGUAGCCUAACUUUAUUCAGUUGACAGCAAGUAGGAGGGCUUUAUGGAGGGAGGAAAAAAAGACAACUCGAGAAAAAUUAGUAUUUCCUACCUUCAGAAAUUAAUGGCCAUGAGUUCGUACAUGGUGAACUCCAAGUAUGUGGAUCCAACAUUUCCUCCUUGUGAGGAAUAUUCUCAGAACAGCUAUAUACCUGAACAGAGCCCAGGCUACUACAGUCCGUCGCAGGACACUGAUUUCCAGCAUCCCGGCAUCUAUUCACGGUCAAACUACUCUGAGCAGCCUUACAGCUGUAACACUGUCCAGGGCUCGUCGGUGCAGCCUCGGGGUCAUGUGCAGGAUCCAGCCGGCCACCCGAGCCCUUACCCCGCACAGACAGAGCAGUGUCCUGCGGUCCAGAUAUCCGGACCGAGGACUUGUGGACCACAACAAAACACAAAGAGCCAGAACGGGAUACCAGCCAAGCAGCCUGCUGUAGUUUAUCCAUGGAUGAAGAAAGUGCACGUUACUACGGUGAACCCGGAUUACACGGGACCAGAACCCAAACGUUCUCGGACAGCCUACACAAGACAGCAAGUUCUCGAACUAGAAAAGGAGUUUCAUUUUAACAGGUAUCUAACAAGACGGCGUCGCAUUGAGAUCGCGCAUACCCUCUGUCUCUCUGAGCGACAGAUCAAAAUCUGGUUUCAGAACAGAAGAAUGAAAUGGAAAAAAGAUCACAAACUCCCUAACACGAAAGGAAGAUCGGCGUCAGCUGGAAAUCAGCAUGCACAACACGCUCAGAAGGACAGCCAGACAGAGAUUACAACUUUAUAAG